UGAGGUGUUGUUAACGAUGUUUUGGUGUCAGGAUCGUGGAGGGCACCGACACGUCUCACAUUGAUAAAGUCCAAAAUGGCUAUGAGAAAAUGGAUCACUUCAGCGCAAACUUUGAACACCAGCGGCGAGCGCUCAUGACCGUCGACUUCAUCAAACUGGACGAAGACGAUGAUGACGACGACGAAGACGAAGCAGCAGAGGUCAGAGGGACGACCCCGGCCAAUCAGCAGCCUCCUCCGUCUCCCGCGCCACCUGCAGGUGUUCAGCUCUCAGCCCCGCCCCCUCAGAGACCAGCAGAGACCACGCCCACCAUGACAUCACCGACAAAAAGCCCCACCCCCUCCUCAACACAGGCCACGCCUCCUUCGCCCCUCCCCACAGCAGGCCCCGCCCCUCAGGUAUGACAUCACAGGAACAUG